CCCUCUUUAUUAUACCCUCCUUAUAAGUCUUUCUUUUAAAACGACUCUUUUCAUUCUUUUAGAUUUAUAAAAACAAAAACUAAAUUGACGCGUUUGCUAUCCUACUUUCUUUUAAUCUUUCAUUUGUAGCAAGAUGCGCGUAUUUCUUAUCAACUUUCUUUUUAUGGCUCUGUUGGGCAUUUCUUCUGCCCUUCCUUACGUCCCUCUUAACCACCGUCAUCAUAGACGCGGCGGUAACGAUGUUACGACUACUUAUGAAACUAUAUACAAAACAGUCUUCAUGAGUACAAACGCUGACGGUACAUCCCCUGUUACUUCUUAUCAAACAUCUUUCUCAUCUUCAACCGCUCCAAGCAGUUUUGCAACUACUCCUUUCUUCAAAAUGAACGCUACUUCUGCUCCAUGGAAUAACAACACUAUUGCUGCUACUUCAACAUCCGUUGCUCCCAAUAUGGCUUUGAACGAGAGCUAUCCUAUUGCUGCUGCUUCUAUAUCUGCUGAAGCUACUUCUACUUCUUCUACUGCUGCCCAGCCUGCUUCUUCGACGGAUUCUGUUGCCAGCAGUUCUAGUGCUAUUCCUACCUCUGCUGCCCUUGCUUCCGCAUCUAGCACCACCGAUGCAAGCACUCCCAUUACUUCCAGCAGUGCCCCACUCCCUUCCGGUGACAUUCAAGCUCCUAAUGCUAAGGCAGCUAAUCUCAAUACUUAUAGCACUAGCUCCCCUGCUUCUAGCUCUGCUUCUAGCAGUACCUCUAGCUCUGCUUCUGCCACACCUUCAGGAAAUAAGUCAUCUAAGCGUGGCUUGGCAUGGAUCCCCGGUACCAGUCCCUCAGUUGCUGAUAAAUUUAAGGGUGUUGCUAACUGGUAUUAUAACUGGGGCUCCAGUCCUUCUAACUUAGAUUCCUCCUUUGAGUUUAUUCAAAGCCAACAUUCUGCUGAUGGUAUCGAGAGUGCUUCUUCUACUUUCUCCAACGGUGCUACUGUGAUUGGCUUUAACGAGCCUGAUCUUUCUUCUUUAGAUGCUGGUUAUGCCGCUUCCUUAUAUAAGCAAUACUUAACUCCCCUUCGUCAAUCAGGCGGCAUUAAGUACCUUGGUUCUCCUGCUAUUAGCAACGUUGGUGAGGACUGGCUUUCAAAGUUCAUGCAAUCAUGCUCUGAUUGCCGUAUUGAUUUCAUUGCUACUCAUUGGUACGGUACUUCUGCUAAUCAACUCAAGGACUUGGUGAACAGUUUGUCCUCUACUUACAGUAAGCCCAUCUGGGUCACUGAGUUUGCUUGCACAAACUGGGACCUUAGUAAGUUGCCUAGUAUGAGUGAUGUCAGCAGUGUCUUCCAGGAUAGCAUUGAAUUUUUGGAAAACAACGGUGCUGUUGAGCGUUACAGUUGGUUCGCUCCUGCUAGUAACCUUGGAAGCUCUGUUGGUGAGAACAACGCUUUGGUCAAUGCCGCUGGUGAACUUAGUGAGCUUGGAUCCAAGUACGUUUCUCUUUAAGGUCGAGAGCCCAAUUUCAUUUGUACGAAUUGCACUGCUGAACAAUAUGUACAUGACAUUUAUCCUUUGAUUUACGAAGUCAAAGUUUCUUAUUUGAUACGUAUUUGCUAAAUGUUGUUUUGACUUUCUUUGUUUUAUUUUUUCGCUCGCUUUUUAAACUUUUCAAACGCUUUUCUGACUUUCGUUAUCGAUCUUAUUUUUUUGACUUCUUAUUUUCCCUUCUUUCGUUUGCUUUCCUUUCUUUUGUUCUAAAUAUAAAAAGGACGUGAAAAUAUAUUUAUGAUUCUGGAAAUAGUACGUUUGAUUUUGUCUCCCGCUAUCAAUUAUGAUAUGAAACAAAGACAAAAAAUCGUAUAAACAAAAAACGUGGUUGAACAGAAAUGCAUUCAUUCUUAUUCAUUCUCUUUCUCUUUAUACCAACUAUGAAUGUGUUUUCUGUUUGACUCGUGUUUUGUUCUAUACAAAGUUAUCGUUAAACAGUCUUACAGUACAGCUAAAUUAAUUUGAACAACUUCAAUACUUAUAAAUCUUUUUAAUUUG